UAUUUUUUUCUGAACUGUGAAACGUUGAGUUGGCAAUAGUGUACCGAAAGACUUCGUUCACGUCAAAGUAUUAUCUCUGGAAGUAAUAGCUGCGCGAUUCGGAAUGGCAGGUGAAGCGACAAUUAUGCGGCUAUGCAGAGGAACUUUUGGGAAUGUACGGAGGCUUCAUAGUGCCACAAAGCAGCAAGCAGCAGCAGCAGCUGCUGUUGCUGCAGAGACUAAGGUGCAACCAAGGAUCAAAAAAUUUUUAGUGUAUCGAUGGAAUCCUGAUAAGCCCACAGAAAAACCUACAAUGCAAGAAUAUGAUGUGGAUCUCAACACGUGUGGUCCGAUGGUGCUGGAUGGUCUAAUAAAAAUAAAAAAUGACAUUGACCCAACAUUGACAUUCAGGAGAUCAUGCCGGGAAGGCAUAUGUGGAUCCUGUGCAAUGAACAUUGGAGGUGUCAACACACUGGCGUGUAUCAGCAAAAUUGACACCAAUCUAAACAAGCCAGUUAAAAUAUAUCCUCUGCCGCAUAUGUACGUAAUAAAGGAUCUAGUUCCCGAUAUGAAUAACUUUUACAAGCAGUACCGUGAAAUUCAGCCUUGGCUGCAGCGGAAAAAUGAACCUCUUGCUGGGAGCCAUUCUUACCUGCAGUCUGUGGAAGAUAGACAGAAGCUGGAUGGUCUCUAUGAAUGCAUUCUUUGUGCUUGCUGCAGCACAUCAUGCCCCUCAUACUGGUGGAAUGGUGAUAAAUACCUUGGUCCAGCUGUCCUAAUGCAGGCAUAUCGGUGGAUAAUUGAUUCUCGUGAUGAAGCUACAGAACAACGUCUGAGUAGGUUGCGAGAUCCCUACUCUGUUUAUCGUUGCCAUACAAUUAUGAACUGCACGAAGACAUGUCCUAAGGGUCUGAACCCAGGUAAGGCAAUUGCGGAGAUUAAAAAAUUGCUGUCUGGGUUCAGCAAGAAAGAGGAACCUGGUUUGGAAACAGCUGCACUACAGAAGUAAUGCUAGGGCUUUAAAAUAUAUAUUGAGUUAUUUAUUUCCUGCCACAGCUGAACUUAAUUCAGUUGGCUUAUCGUUCUCUGAAGACACUGUCUCAUUUGCAUUGGCAGCAAUUUACUGUCAGUUGUAAAUAUUAUAAGAAUUGUUGCACAAUGAUCAGCCACAAUUGUGUGUUUUUGAUUUGCAGUAUUAUAAAUAUUUAUUACGUGGUAACUUAUUGUGAUUGUGCAGACCACUUUGAAGUAUAUAAACACAGUUCUAAUUUACUUCAUUCAUUCAGGUUACAUUUAUUAUUGCGGAUAGUUGCAAAGAACGUCAGUCCACCUACGUUUUUAUAGGAAAUUGUGUUUUCUUUAAGCAGCUUUAAUAUUAAUCACAGGUUGUGUCUAAUUUGUUUACAAAGUAUUUUCAUUUUAUUCUCACCUGUAAUUUGUGAUCAGUGUGCUAGUUUUCAUAGAACAUUUGUGCGAUAGAGCAGUUAUUGGUAAAGUUGCUUUGUUACGUGAUUGGUGCUUCAUAAAAUAUUAACAAAAUACUGAUAAUUUUGACACAUACAUAUGAUCCUCGAAUUCAUUUAUAGGAGUAACAAGCUUUUAUGCAAGUGAAGCAAUAUGUAUGUAAUUUAUAAAGUGUUUCUGUACAGUUUUGGAACAAAUUCUAUUAAAAUCUGCCAAUAUAUGGAUUGUAUAGCUUAUUUAAGCAAAUUUGGAAUGUUGUACUAUUUAUGCAAAAAUUCCGCAUUAGUGUUUCUUUGUGAAGUUACUGAUCAAUGUGGUAAUCAUGAGUCACAGCAAAUGCCAGCACAGCAAAUAUAUUUCGCAAAGCUGAUGUAUUGACUUUUGCAUCACUUACAGACAUUAUGUAAUAAAGUAAGGGACAUGGGUACCAUCUC